AUGAUUUUAUCAUAACAAAAUUAUGAUGGAUACAAAGAGUUCGAUAUGAACAGAAAGUUGAAAGAAGAAGAAAAGUCUAUGAGAACUAUGAAAUAAGAGAUUAUGAAAUAAUAACUAAUUGAAUAGCAAUAAUCAUUAGAAUAAAGAAAAAAGGAGUUACAGCAGUAAAAAUAAAAGGAAGAUGAGGAGUAGAUUUAAUUAAUUCGUUAAAAGUAAGGGGAAGAAAAAAGUCAAUAAAUAUAAAACAGAGAAACAACUAAAUAAAAUUUAUAACAUUAGAAUUAUCUCAUUAUAAAUCAUCAGAAACUAAUAAUUGAUGAAAAAGUAAAAUAAUGGAUAUAUUUAUUAGAAACAAGAAGCAUUAAAGAUAGAAAACGAUAUUAUUAAUAAUGCAAUAAAUGGAUUAUCAUUGGAAGAACAAAUGAGAAGAUAGAAAAGAGAAAUGUAAAAAUAAAUUGUUGAAUAAUAAAUGAAAGAAUUAUAAUAUAGAAAAGAAAAAGAAAAAAAAGAUAAGGAAUUCGAACAAUUAGUUUAUAAGGAAUAAACUUAAAAUGAAUCUCAAAGAAUUUAAAAAUAAGAAGACUCAUACAGAAAUGUAACUUAAUUCUACAAUUAUUAAUUAGUAUUACCAGAAAGUGUCAGAAAGAUAAAAUGUUCUAUAAGAUAUUUAUAGGCAAAAGGUUGAUAAUCCAAAACUGUAACUUGAUUACAUAAUUAAUAAAUAAGUAAAGGAAAGGUAAGAUAAAGAAGAGAGUGAAUACUUAACCAAAAGAUAGUAAUAACAAAAGUAGAAGGAAAUUUAUUAAAAUGGAUUGGCCAAUUAAAUAUAGGAAAAAAAUGAAAAGAAAAAAUAAGAUGACAAUAUAAAAGAGCAAAGGAAAUUAGAAAUAUUGUAAGCUUCUAUAUAGUAUGAAGAAUAAUAAAGAUAAGAAAAAUUGAGGAAGAGAGAAAUUCAAUAACAAUAUCAUACACAAUUAUCAACAUUAGUAAUUUAUAAUAAAUAUAAUUAAUAGAGUUAAUCUUAAAGUUAAGGUAAUGGAAUUGUGAAUACCGAAAUUUCUUAAUAAAAUAUUUAUAAUCCAUUAACAAACCCUAAUCCCAAUCAAAUUCAAAAUCCCUAUAUACUACGAUAGAUAUAAUAUAACAAUUCUAAUCUCUAAUCCCCAUAGUUGAACUAAUCAAAAUUAGCUUCUUUUGGUAAAAGUAGUCUAAUAAAUUGA